UGAACUCUCAAGUUGUUGUUGUUCUUAGUAUCUCUAGAAAUCAUAUUGCAGUUACGGGUAGUUAUGGCUAGAAGUGACCCAAACAGCCCGGAACCGUCUGGGAGAAUGCUUGACACGGGCAAGAUGCGUCACAGCUCAGGAAGUGGCUUGGAUGAAGAGGACAGAACUAUCCAUAGUGGACACUUCAUGCUUAGUCGUGUGCAUGAUGGGGAGAACGAAGAGGAAGAUGAGAGUUUCUCCUUUUCUAAUGAUCCUCGGGGAUUUGACUUUCUUGAGGCCAAUAAGUUCCCUUCCAGAACUUAUACCUUUGGUCCUCGCAGCACGCAGACGUUAGCCAUCGACGCCUCCCUCACAAAGCUGUUCGAAUGCAUGACUCUAGCGUACAGUGGGAAGAUCACAUCACCAAAAUGGAAACCUUUCAAAGGCAUGCCUCUCUCUCUCAAAGACAAAGUGCGACUCAACAACAUCAUCUGGAGGGAAUGGCCCAUGCAGUAUAUUUAUUGUCGAAAACCAGUGGUUUGUCAGUUUGCUACUCCAGUGUCAGAUGAGGUCCACACUAAACCAGAGGCUGUUGUUCUGGAGGGGAAGUACUGGAAACGGAGGUUAGACACUGUGACUGCCGAGUACAAGAAAUGGAGGAAGUAUUACAAAGAGAGGGUCCUCAUGAGGCCUCCGGAGGUCAACAUAUCAGAGCUGGCCUCUCACGAUGACCUACUGGAGAGGGUACGGGAAGUAAACCAGGCCCUGCCCCGUCCCGCCUCUCACCAGACGGACCUAAACAUCCUGACGGAGGACGAGUUCAUCAUGGAUUUUUCUGAUACCCUCUUCACUAGUCUCAAUCAGCCAUUUGCUUUCCCAAACCCUAGGGAAUUGUCUCAGUCAGGGUACGCAGACAUCAUUCAGCCAGGUCUGAUGCAGCUACAGCCUAAUCUUGAUGACCUCUGUAUGGACACAUUCGACCCCAUUCAAGAGAUGUUCAACCUGCGCAGUCAACAGAGUGUAGGUCCCCCUGGCUUUACCGCCUCCACCGUCAAACAGGUGAUCUCCCCUCUGGAUCAUCAAACGUCUCUUGCUCAGGGUGAUUUCACAUCACUGUCCAAUAUGGGGUUCCCUAUGGACCUUCUCAACAGCCUGGGAAACUCUGCCUCACCUCAGCAACAACAACAGUCCCAAUUUCUCCUCAACGCAGCACUUUCUACACUAGCCUCCCAGCUCCAGAUGCCUAACGUCAACCUGCCCAUCCCCCAGAUCAAUCAAAUCCAAGCCAUGGACUCCUCCACCGCCUCCUCACCCGUCGCCCCCGAUACUCAGAUGAUAGUGGAUCCACCUGAAACAACUUUGCAAUACUCACCUGUCUCUCCUCAGAAUGCACCAGCACAUAACAACAGAAAAACUCACAGAGCUGACUCUCACAAGGGAAGUAACUCUCGCAUAAGGAACCUCAGUGGACCCUCGUCUGUUUCCUCUGGGUACAGCAAACACCCAUCAGUCGGGUUCGCAGCGACCCAUGGGAGACCAUCAGAGCAGGCCAUAAAGGUGUCUCCGAGUAUACAGUCUAAACCCACCUCUUCUCACGCACAAGUGUCCUCAUCUCGGCUGAUCUCAAGUCCAGACAAACCGGCCGUCUCAGAGUCUGCUGACAAAAGAGAUACCACUUUUGUCGUUCCCAAGGGUAAAUCGGUACCUCGUAAACAGCGGCCGAUUGCCCCAGCUCCCUCAGCUCAGACAGCAACGGUUGCCACGACAACACCCUCAGCUUCCCCAGUGGUGCAGAAAAACACCUACCUGGCUCAGUUGUUGACAACAGGUAACUACCCCGGGGCUAUAAAGGUGAAGAACGAGCCGGCUAUGCCCCUUGGUGCGUGUGCAGGCAGUGCCGGCACCCUGUCCCAUUUCCGUCCCAUCACUACCUCACAGCCCAUCCAGACUAACAGCCCAGCCCCCUCUACCAUUACCAUGCAGCCCAUAGCUCCUGCAGGAAGCAUUGCUAUAGUGAGUGACUUCCCGACAAGUGUGUUAAUUGCGGCAGCGAGUCAGGCUUUGGGCACGAGCACAGUGACAGCAAAGAAUGUGGUCUCCAUUGCACACAGCCCGAAGCUUGUCAGCACCCCCUCUACCACUCCCAUCAGCACCCCAACACCCUCCCCAUCAGCCCUGCCCCACACUCUCCUUGGCUCCCCACUACCCUCAAGCCCCUCCCCCAUCCCUAGUCUGGGUAGUCCUGCACCCAUUGGCAGCCCUCCAAUGACAGAUUUUGGUCUGGCCUCCUCACCGUCUCCUACAAAAGCUGGAGGGACAGGCACUCAGACAAAGUCUGACAACCAUCGGGCGCCUCACCAUGAGCUCCGGAAGCUCUCACAUAUCUCAGCAGAGCAGAAACGCAGGUUUAACAUCAAGAGUGGCUUUGAUGUCAUCCAUGCUCUCAUCCCAUCACUCAGUCAAAACCCUAACGCCAAAGUCAGUAAGGCAGCUAUGCUUCAGAAAACUGCUGAAUAUUGUAAGAAGUUAAAGUCAGAGAGAACUCAGAUGCAGAAUGAAGCGGAGAUUUUAAAGCAAGAGAUUGAAUCAUUAAACUCAGCAAUAAAUGUGUGCCAACUUCAGCUUCCUGCCACAGGUGUUCCUGUUACCAGGCAACGGGCUGACAAAAUGAAGGAAAUGUUUGAGGAGUAUGUGAAGAAUCGAACUCUGCAGAAUUGGAAAUUUUGGAUUUUCAGUAUUAUUAUUCGAUCGCUGUUUGAUUCGUAUAACAGCAUGGUGUCUACAGUGAGUCUGGAUGAGAUGUGUCGUACAGCCCUGGCCUGGCUAGAUCAGCACUGCUCUCUUGUCGCCCUCAGACCAACUGUGUUGAAUUCUUUGCGGCACCUGAGUACAACGACCAGUAUUUUGUCCGAUCCGUCGCAAGUUCCCGAGCAGGUGACACGAGCUGUGACGCGGCAAAACUCCUCAGAUAAGCCAAAUCAGACGUAGUCUCGCAUACGUGUAGAGACAAGAGGAAAAGAAAGAGCAAGAGAGAGAGAAUUUCACAUCUCAAUAUCAACAGGAGCAUAUAUGGUGCUGUCAGACUGAUAUGUGCGGUGCAUUCACCCUGCAUAUUCCCACAAAAACUGAAACAAAAGUUUACAUUUCUGUGGAAGUUCUGCCUGUGUGAAGUUAGAUAUGGGGUACAGCAAUAACAGCCAGCUGCUGACAAUUGCCUUGUUCAGUUUUUGGAAAUGUAGGGCUGAAUGCCUUGGCAGACUAGUUGCUGGAUGAAUCUGCUUUUUCUUAAGGAAAAGAACAGAUUCUACUUGGGAUAACUGGUUUUCCAGUGACAGAACUGGUUUUUCCUUCUUAAAAGUAAUUUUCAUUUGAUGGAAUUGAAGACAACUAGUAUUUCUUCAAUGAAAAUGCUUCAUUAACAUCAUUAAUGAAAUCAUUAACAUAGCUUGAUUUGUCUUCAAAGAUUCUGCUGGAUUCAUUCAAUCAAAGUUGGUUGGCCUUUGUGUGGAGAAAUUGAAUGUGUGCAAAGCUACUUUGUACUUCAGCAAAACCUGUGAGCAGCACAUGGAAAGUGUUUCAAGUGGAGAGUGCAGCAAGUGAGAGCACAGAUCAUGAAGAGCUCGACAUGUGGAGAGUGCUACAUGUGGAGAGUGCCCAUCAUGAAGAGCUUGACAUGCGGAGAGUGCAGCAAGUGGAAAGUGCCCAUCAUGAAGAGCUCAACAUGUGUAGAGUGCAGUAUGUGGAGAGUACAGCAAGUGAGAGUGCCGAUCUUGAAGAGCUCAACAUGUGAAGAGUGCAGCAAGGGGAGAGUGCCCAUCAUGAAGAGCUCGACAUGUGGAGAGUGCUGCAUGUGGAGAGUGCCCAUCAUGAAGAGCUUGACAUGUGGAGAGUGCAGCAAGGGGAGAGUGCAGAUCAUGAAGAUCUCGACACGUGGAGAGUGCAGAUCAUGAACAGCUCGACAUAUGGAGAGUGCAGGAUAUGGAGAGUGCCGAUCAUGAAGAUCUCGCAUGUGGAGAGUGCAGCAAGUGAAGAGUGCAGAUCAUGAAGAGCUCAACAAGUGGAGAGUGCAGAUCAUGAAGAGCUCGACAUAUUGGAGAGUUCAGCAUGUGGAGAGUCAGCAUGUGGAGAGUUCAGCAUGUGGAGGGUACAGAUCAUGGAGAGCUCAGUAUGUGGGGAGAGCAGAACGUGGAAAAUGCUGGUUUCACAAUCCAAAAAGUUAUUGUACAGAGACGAUUUCUCCAAGAAGCGUGUCAAGAAACUUUAAUUCUUUUUGGAGAAAUAAAAUUUUUGGAAAGAUGACUUGAAAAAGUGCUGCUUUCAUAAGACGGGAACCUGGGGGUGAGAGAAGGUGGGGUCACAUGGAGAUCUGGAUUCUUCAGAAAAUGUAUGGUGAAACUGUUAUUACUUUGGGGAAACAAAGGAUGCCUUUGAAAGGUACUGUGUUAAUCACUGUAACACCUAGACUCACUUGGAAAACUGAUUUCUUCAAUGCCAGAAGGAAUUUCUUUUAAGAAGGAAACUGGAUUCAUCUGGAUACAGCUGGAAAGAGCCAGAUUUGUUUUGGCCUAGUUAGAACUCAUUUACAGUGGAAAGCUGUCGAUGAGAUCACUUUAAGAUGGAAACUGAAGUCAGUUAGAGAGAGCUGGAAAAAGUGAGAUUUGCUUUGGUUUGGAGAAAACUAGAUUGAGCUGGAAUCGCUAGCUCCGCCAUGUUUUUCCCUAAUGGGGUUAAUUUAUACGCUGCUAACUCUGAUUUAGAGUGGACAGACAGUUUGUAGACUAUUCUUAUUGCAUUAUGAGAAAAUGUGUUUCCUAUAGAAAAAAAAACUACAAGGUGAAAGUCAAGCAUGUUUUUAUGUAAUGCGUAAAUGAAUUGGAUUUCAGUACAAUUGGAUGUUUUGUGUCCAAUGGUUGAAUUUAGGUUCUGUGCUGAUAGAGAGAGUCUUCCUGUGUUUCGAAGCGCGUGACUAUUUUUAUUCUUCAAAUGGUAUACUGUAUAAAGUUUGUAAAUAAAUUUGUCAUGUGUUUGAAAUGCAUUUGAAGCCUACAAAACUCAUCCCAUUGAUUGAUUUGUCAGCUGCUUGUGAUUUGAUUGGCUAGCAACUUUGUUCUGAAGACCAUUGUUGCUGUACUGCUGUGAGAUAGCCAAUCAGAAGCCUUUGCCAUAAUUAAUGUUUUCAUACAUGCACAUAUACCUGCAUAUUGAUACAGAACUGCUUGGCUUUUCAGUGUUUUAUGUUUGUCCAAUUCUUCAGCUGAAUUAAAGACGACAGUAAUGUAGGUCAGAAAAACUUGGGCACCUACCUGCACUUGAAAGGCAUACAAAACUGUGUGCUGCGCAUUAUUGGACUGAAUCAUUGGAGACUGGCGUCGGGCUUUGCCUCUCAUACAUGUAGUGUAACUGGAUGCAUGGAUACUGAGUGAUGGAGAGGAGAGGCUAAAUAUAUGUAAGCCCGGGGCCAGCUUUCAGAAAAAUUUGUAAAUGAGUUCUUGCUUUAUUUCGUAAAUGACGUUUCCUUAUGGUGCUAUAACCUAGACAGCGUCUUUUAUGAAAAAAAAGUUAAAAGAAAUAUUGGCGUACAAAGUUUUGUGAAAGUGUCCCUAGAGCUUUGUGUAUUGCCUGAAUCCUGUCCUGUGUAGGAGUAUUGGGAUUUGCCAUCACAGCAUCAUUGUGAUGUCCUUUUGUGCUGUGAUGUUGUUGCUUUACGCCACUUAAAGUAAGAUGGUAUAUACAAUAAUUAAUAUUAUACAUAACCCAUUACUUUUUUUGCAUAAAAUAUGUAGUUCUCUGGAUUUUUGAAGUGACUUAAUUCAGUAAAUCAAGUGACCCUUUGUGGAUGAUUUUCAGUAUUGAUUAGUCCUGAAAUAACCUGCACCUGGCAAUUUGAAAUUCCCAUAAAUUUCUGUCCACUGUAUAAGAAAUGAAAUGGAGGGGUUAUGGUGAAUGGCCUAACAUUUCUCACCUGACAAAGCAGCAAAGUUUCACCUGGUUCUG